AUGCCUGGAUUAAAUCCUAAAGUAGCGGUCCAUCAGUUGGCAGUCAAAAAUGGUUCUCGUCCCAUUAAGCAAGCUCAAAGACGCUUUAGGCUAGACUUGGUUCCAUUGAUAGAAAAUGAAGUUAAUAAACUCAUUGAGGCAGGCUUUAUUCGUGAGGUUAAAUAUCCUACAUGGAUUUCAAGUAUUGUUCUUGUGAAGAAGAAGAAUGGUCAAAUUCGAGUAUGUGUUGACUUUAGAGAUCUUAAUAAUGCAUGCCCUAAAGAUGAGUUUCCUCUUCCCAUUCCAGAGCUGAUGAUUGAUGCCACCACUGGAUAUGAGGCAAUGUUGUUCAUGGACGGUUCUUCUGGCUAUAAUCAAAUCCGCAUGGCUCCAAAGGAAGAAGAACUCACCGCAUUUCGCACACCUAAGAGUAUUUAUUGCUACAAAGUGAUGUCAUUUGGUUUAAAGAAUGCUGGUGCUACAUAUCAAAGGGCUAUGCAAAAUAUAUUUGAUGACUUGCUCCAUAAAAUUGUUGAAUGUUAUGUGGAUGACCUGGUGGUAAAAUCCAGAAAGAGGAGUGAUCAUUUGAAAGACUUAAGAAUGGUGUUUGAGCUGCUUCGAAGAUAUCAACUAAGGAUGAAUCCAUUGAAGUGUGCCUUUGGAGUUACUUCUGGAAAGUUCCUUGGCUUUAUUGUGAGACAUCGAGGAAUUAAAAUUGAUCAAGCCAAAGUUGAUGCAAUAUUGAAGAUGCCUGCACCUCAAAACAUUCAUGAGUUAAAAAGUCUCCAAGGAAAGCUAGCCUACUUGAGGAGGUUCAUCUCAAACCUAGCAGGACGAUGCCAACCAUUCGGUCAUCUCAUAAAGAAAGGCGCUCAUUUUAAUUGGGACGAAACAUGUAGCGAUGCCUUUAAAAGUAUCAAGUCAUAUCUAGCAAAACCUCCAGUUUUGGCAGCCCCUAUACCUGGAAAGCUAUUGAUACUCUACAUUGCGGCACAAGAAAGGUCUAUAGGAGCCCUGCUAGCUCAAGAGAAUAGUAAAGGCAAAGAAAACUCUCUUUACUACUUGAGUAGAACGAUGACACCAAAUGAGCUGAACUAUUCACCGAUUGAAAAAUUUGACCGACUAGCAAGAUGGUACCUCCAAUUCCAACAGUUUGAGACCGUGUACAUCCCUCAAAAAGCUGUGAAAGGACAAACAUUGGCGGAUUUCUUGGCAGACCAUCCGAUACCGAAUGAUUGGGAGUUAACCGAUGAGCUUCCUGAUGAAGAUGCAAUGUUAAUUGAAGUUCUACCUCCUUGGAAAAUGUACUUUGAUGGAGCUGCACAUCGUGGCAGAGCUAGUGCUGGUGUAGUGUUCAUUACUUCACAAGAAGAGAUCCUACCAUUCUCAUUUUCUUUGAAGCAAUGUUGCUCCAAUAAUGUCGCUGAAUACCAAACGUUGAUACUUGGACUUGAGAUGGCCGUUGACAUGAAGGAAUUAAACUUGCAAGUCUUUGGUGACUCUCAGUUAGUGAUCAACCAACUCUUGGGAAGUUAUGAGGUGAAGAAGCCUGAAUUGCGUCCUUAUCAUGAUUAUGCUCAAAAGUUGAUAGGAUGGCUUGGAGAUGUAACCCUUCAACAUGUGCGUAGAACGGAGAAUAAGAAAGUUGAUGCAUUGGCUGCUCUAGCUUCAACGCUAACCCUUCCUGAUCAAACGCAAGUGACUAUUUGUCAAAAAUGGAUAGUACCACCGCCAAAUGAGGAAGAAUGUAUAGAAAAUGAGUUUAAUCAUUUCGUCGCCGUUUCUGAAGCCGUGAAGGAAGAGUGGAGACAACCCAUUAUUGACUAUAUGUGUUAUGGGAUACUUCCAGAAGAUCCAAGGAGAAGGACUGACAUUCGUCGUCGUGCACCUCGCUUCCUUUAUUACAAGGACACAUUAUAUAGAAGAUCAUUUGAGGGUGUACUAUUACGAUGUUUGGGAGAGGAAGAAGCAAUUCAAGCUUUGCAAGAAGCACACUCGGGAGUGUGUAGAUCACAUCAAUCUGGACCAAAACUCCACUUUCACAUAAAGAGAAUGGGGUAUUAUUGGCCAACCAUGGUGAAUGAUUGCUUAGAUUAUGCUCGGAGGUGCGAUGCUUGUCAAUUUCAUGCAAAUUUUAUACAUCAGUCGCCCGAAGUAUUGCACCCAACUAUUGCAUCUUGGCCAUUUGACGCUUGGGGAUUGGAUGUUGUGGGACCACUACCAAAAUCUUCUGGUGGACACUUGUACAUCUUGGCUGCAACAGAUUACUUCUCAAAAUGGGCUGAAGCUGUCGCUCUUAAAGAAGUGAAGAAAGAGAAUGUUGCAAAUUUUAUCCGAGUGAAUAUCAUAUAUCGCUUUGGCAUCCCUCGCUACAUUAUAACAGAGAAUGGCAAGCCAUUUGAUAAUAAGUUAAUGAACAAAAUUUGUGAUCUCUUUAACUUCAAGCAACGUAAAUCUUCUAUGUAUCAUGCUGCCGCUAAUGGUCUUGCUGAAGCAUUUAAUAAAACUCUAUGCAACCUCCUCAGGAAAGUUGUCUCUAAGUCCAAACGAGAUUGGCAUGAAAGAAUGGAAGAAGCUUUGUGGGCAUAUAGAACGACAUACCGCACUCUAACUCAAGCAACACCAUAUUCACUUGCUUUUGGAGUUGAAGCAGUCUUGCCACUUGAGCGUCAAAUACCUUCCUUGAGACUUGCUAUUCAAGAAGGGCUCACUAAAGAAGAAAAUGCUCGACUUCGUCUUACUGAGUUAGAAGCACUUGAUGAAAAGAGGCUAGAAGCCCAACAAAACCUUGAAUGUUAUCAAGCUCGUUUAUCUCGUGCUUUCAAUAAGAAGGUUCGCGUGAGGUGUUUCCAAGUUGGAGAUCAAGUUCUCACUGUAAGAAGACCCAUCAUUACUUCACACAAGUCUGGGGGCAAAUUUACCUCAAAGUGGGAUGGACCAUAUGUCGUACAAGAAGCUUAUUCACAUGGUGCUUACAAGCUUGUUGAUGCAGAUGGCGUAAGGAUCGGUCCUAUUAAUGCAAAAUUCCUAAAGAGGUACUACCCUUGA